AUGAUCCCUCGCCACCCAUUCGGUCCUCCUCCCCUUCCCCCUCCCCCUCCCCCUCCUCAUUCUCAAUCUCAAUUGAAUCAUCCUGGAUAUUAUAACAAUCCAUAUCCUACAUAUCCUCAUCCUCAUCAUCAUCGACCUCAUCAUCAUACACAUAUCCACUCUCUUCCUCAUCAUCCUCAUUCGAACUCUCACCCUCAUCAUCCCCAUCCCCAUCCUCAAUCGAAUCCUCACCCUCAUCAUCAUCCUCAAUCCAAUUCGCAUCUUGAUCGUCAAUCGAAUCUGCACCCUCAAUCGAAUACGGAUCCGAAUCCGAACUCGCAUCUUCAUCCUCAAUCGAAUCCGACUCCGAAUUCUGAAUCGACUUCGAAUCCGAAUCCGAAUCCUCAAUCGAAUUCCAACUCCAAUUCGGACACACAACCAAAUCCCAUCAUCCCACCUUACAUCCCUGGUAUCUCUGGGAAUCCUUCAAUGUUAUUACCUCCCAUAACAGGUAUGUUCGGACAUACUAUGAAUCAUCCUUUUACGAAUAACGUUCGACCGGACGUACUUAAUCAUCCUUCGGUCGGUCAUGCGGAAUCGGAUAGGACUGCGGAUGCCGUUAGACCGGAUGUACUUGAUCAUCACUCGUCUGGGAUGGAGUCUAUCAUCCGACCGGAUAGUCCUGAACAUCACUCAUCUGGGAUGGACUCUAUCGUUCGACCCGAACUACCUGUCCCUCUCUCAUCUGGAGAAAAAGAAAUUAUCAAGAAAGACCAAGUGGUCAAACCGAAUAUUGAUGUCGCCACUUUGGACGAACCUUAUCCUUGCGCUUAUAUCCAUCCUAGUGCAUAUGAGAAUGGUCAUUAUAAAUCUGGACCUCAAAUGAAGAGGGAGGAAGAUAAAUCCAACGACUUAGCGGUGGAUAAUCUACCUGUCCAAUCGACUAACUCUGUCAUUCAGAGGAAAGCAGAUCACGGGUUUCAUUUGCAAGACUCAAACAUCGACCAGAAAGAUGUCAACCAAGAGAAAAACCGAGACCAAAACCAAGAGAAAAACAAUGUGAAUGAGGAUACUGUGAAAGUAGAAACUCCAAGAAUUUCCACACAAGAUAAAGGCAAAAUACCCAUGUAUAAAAUCAAAUCCGAUCACCGUCGAGAAUCUAUAAACUCCCUCAUACAUCUUCAAAACGUUUCUUCCUCCGAAGAUGAACACGCCAUCAUUUCACGUCCACUACCGGAAAUCGUAGAUGUUAGCAGGUCUGGAAUAUCUCACGAAGGACUUCAGAAAACUACCACAAAUCUGGUCGAUCAAAAGAAAUCUUACUCCGGGAUCAAAGAAUCUUCCAAUGGUGUCGAAUCGAGUGACGAUGAACCUAUUCCCGAUUGUCUACUCUCCCGACUCCCAGGUUCACCCCCAUUGAUGCGUAAUCAAUCAACAGACUCGACGGAUAAAUCUAAAUGGACUUAUGUGGAGAGUUGCUCUGAUUUCUCUGAAGAGAGUGAGAGGGAGAUGGAUAGUGAGAUUGAUAAUGCUAGUCAUGUGGCUACUAAAGAUCGUGACGACGUACAUACACCCUACGUCCCGUUGAAUCAAAAUCUAAUCAAUGGAGACGACGUAACUUCUGAGAAACCAUGGAAUACCUGGCAAGACUUCCUGGGAAGCGAGCGUCUCGACUCGAAGUCAGAGAGAGGACUUACUGAUCAGAGUCAAAUGUAUCCCCUUCAUCCGAUGUACUCUCGUGUGCCACGGGCCUCUGCCAUGGUUGAUGGAGCAUGUCUCAGUCUCUCGGAAGGGGUGAUGGGAGGGGAUGAGAUUGCCAAACCCAUCGAUGAUGUCCCUGUACGAUCUCUCCCCGAAAUCGUAAACUCCGCACAAACAGCAAUAGUUUUGGAAAAUAAGGAUACCUCCACAAACAACGUUCCCGUGAAUCCCCCUGGCGUUAAACUCAGAGACCAUCUGAUCAAGUCGGUUCCCAUGGGAGCGAGGCCAAUCACAUUACCACAGAAUCCAUCCAAAAAACGUGAUCGGCCCAGUACUCUCCCAGUUGCAAUCGCUUCGUGUAAAGAAACGAAUGCCAACAAUGACGUCUUGAAAAAACAUAUUGCGGGAUACGUCAAGUCCACUACGGAAUGUCUUCAAGAAAUCACCAAGCAACUUGAAAAUCUUCCAAUUCAUGCGAGGGAUAUCAAAUGUACCAUCCAAAGUUCGUUAAAUCUCGACUCUGCCUUGGACAAUAAACCAAGGGUAUCAUGCGUAUCCAAUUUCUCUGUGUCGACCACUCCUCCCAGGACCACAUCGACCACUCCUUCGACCACUUCUUUCGAGCAUAUGGGAGACUCGGACGAAGAUGACUUGUUGGAUUUUUCGUCCGCUUCCGGUGAACCUGAUGCCCACUCGACCCAUACAACACCAGUAGCUCGUUCGGCUUAUGGUCUAGCACCCGCAGAUGUAGAAGCUGAAGCAAUCACUCCUGUCCUUCCGACCACACCGAAGAAGGAGCACCGUGAUACUUCUGUCGGACCCAUGAGUCCGGUGGACGAAGAGAGAUUCAUCAAUAGACUCUUGGAAAAUCCUACCAAUACUUCGGCCACUACGACCUUGUUGAAUAUCCUGAAAGAUGAACAUGUUCAGUUGGAUUCGGUCUUGGGGCUCAAACUAUUGGAUCUCGCGGCGGAUCUACGUCUUGGUGGAAGUCACGAUAUGACAUCUCCAUUUCGGAAACGAGGAAAACAAUCGAUGUCAACCCAAACUAAAAAAGACCGAAAGUGUAAAAAGGAUCCGUUUGUGGAGAUAUCCAAAAAACUCGAGUCAGAGGAAAUCUCCAACAUUGACAAGAAGUCUUGUCCUUCUAAGAGGGAGGAAUCGAAGAAACACAAAGAUAUCACCGAGAGCGCAAUCACGAAAACUAUGCUCAUGGAAAAGUUGAAUGAAUUCGUACCUACUUUGAACGCCAUCGCUUCUGCUGUAGGAUUGAACGUUGUGGAUGAAGUGGAAGAUGGAAGUGCAACGGUGGAAACGAAACAUCCCUUUGAUAAAUCCUCGAUAUCUCUCGCAGCAAAUUCGCAAUCCCGACAUACCCAUCUUGGUAACCCGGUACACGAGCCAACUGAGACAGUCGAACCUACCAAGAAAAAACGUGAAACCCUUACCGAAUAUCAAAAACGAAUCGAUACUGCUCGAGCGUCCACCAAGGAUAUGAAGUUUUGUGCAAGUUCGACCGGUAUCACGUCUCACGGUCAACCAAUCUCUGCGAAUUUGCAGGAUUCAAACCAACAGCCCAAACUCACGAACGAUUCGCUCUUGUCUGGAUCUACCAACAAACCUUUUGCAGAGUCUAAAUUGCCCAUGGACCCCGUCAAGAUUGAUACUCACAGAAACGGAAAGCAACCUUUACCAUCGAUUCAAAUUCCCAAUGGGAUCACCACCAUUCCCAAUAUCAACACCUCCAACCAAUCUGUCGAACCAGAUCGAGGAUUAUCUAGCUCAACUUCAGCCCCUUCUUCCGAUAGUACGAUCGACAUCACCCAUCCUAUACCCUUCAUGAAUUCUUGGCCAAAUCUACCACAAGCUCCAUUAAACGAAUCGGAAUGGGCGGAAAUGUUUGAUAUUCCACCUCCAUGGAUGAAUCCUUCACUACAAUCCAAACCAUUUGAAACUUACCAUGAUCAAUCAAGUAGGUUACAUAAUCCUAUAGAAUGGUCACCUCCUCAAUUACCAAAUCCCACUUUCAAACUUCCCAACCCUCAACCACCUUUCUUCGGAAUUGAUUCAACUCCAUUCAAUUCAUCAUUUCCUUGGUUACAUCAUGUCGAAACAAACCCAGGGUACAUACCAUGGGAUCAACCUCAUUUAUCUUUUCCUCACUUCGGACAGAACCAAUUAGGUCAAUCAUCUCAAUUCUAUCCUCAUCCUUGGAAUCAACUUCUGGGUCAGGUAAGAUCACAACAUACCGCUGGACAAUUGGAUAUGACGGAAAGGUUUGAUAGAUCUGAUCCGUUCCGUUGUAGGGAUUUAUUUAGAGGGAUGAGUUUCGUUCCUUGUCAAAUGGGUGGUGAUCAGUUUGGUCCUUUGAAUCAAAUGAGUCAUACGAUGGGACAAAAUCCUUUUUCUCAGGCUGGUCAUUCCAUGGGACCUAGUAACCCCCUACCUCAGACCGCUCAUUCCAUGGGACCGAAUAACCCACUAUCUCAGACAAUUCACUCGAUGGGACAAAAUCCUUUUUCUCAUACUGGUCAUUCGAUAGGACCGAAUAACCCCCUACCUCAAACAAAUCACUCGACGGGACCAAAGAACCCAUUACCUCAAACCCACCAUUCCAACGUUGGAGGGUCAAGAUCGACCGAUGUUCGACCAGGGGUAGGAUCAGAAGAAAGAAGAACAGGUCAACCUUAUUACGCUCCGGGGGGAAUGCCAACUUUUCCUCCCACUUUACCUCGACCAUCUGGAAUGUCGGAAAUGUCAACUAAUCCUCUCACUUUCCCUAGACCAUCAGGAAUGUCGGAAGUGCCAAAUUUCCCUCUCACUUUCCCUCGACCAGCUGGAAUGUCGGAGAUAAAUGCCUGGGUUCAUGUUCGGUCAAAGGCCGCCGUUUUGGGGGUUCUAGUCGACUUGUCUAGCAUCAAGUCCAAAGGGUAUUGUCUUGGUAAUUCCGUCCGACCGUUCGACAUUCAAGAGUUUGGAGACGCUCAAUGGGACCAGGGAAUUAUGAUUGUUUUAUACAAAGAUGGUUGGAGAUGUUUGUGA